AUGGAAGACCAAUUCAAAACGCGCACCAUGAAGCGCAAAAACGUCAAAGGCCUCGCCCUCUCCGCCCCGCCCAAACCCGCCGCCGCCGGGCCCUCCGACCAAGACGCCCAGCUGCCCGGCGCAAUAGGCAACGACGGCAGCCGCGCCGACACCCUCGAGAUCGGCGUGGAGUUCCGCUUCGACCUGCGCAGCGAGGAUUUGGAGAUGAUGAAAGAGCUGGGCGCCGGGAAUGGCGGGACGGUGAGCAAGGUGCGGCAUGCGGCGUGGAAUGUGGUGAUGGCGAGGAAGAUUAUCCAUGUUGAGGCAAAGAAGGAGGUGCGGCGGCGCAUUGUGCGGGAGUUGCAGAUUAUGCAUGAGUGCAACUCGCCGUAUAUUGUGUCGUUUUAUGGCGCGUUUAUGAAUGAGUCGGGGGAUGUGACGAUGUGUAUGGAGUAUAUGGAUGUGGGAUCGCUCGACAGCAUAUCCAAAACCUUCGGCCCGGUGCGAGUCGAUGUGCUCGGCAAGAUUGCGGAGGCCGUGUUGGGCGGGCUGAAGUAUCUCUAUCUCGCGCACCGGAUCAUGCACCGCGACAUCAAGCCAUCUAAUAUCCUCGUCAACAGUCGGGGACAAAUCAAGCUGUGCGAUUUCGGCGUCUCUUCGGAGUUGGAGAAUAGCGUAGCGGAUACCUUUGUCGGCACAGGAACGUACAUGGCGCCGGAGAGGAUACAAGGCAGUCCGUACACCGUCAAAAGCGAUGUCUGGAGUGUUGGACUUACGCUAAUGGAGCUUGCAAUUGGCAAAUUCCCGUUCAGCGUGGAGAACGAUGAGGAAGAUGCCGCCGGCCCGCAGGGGAUUCUGGACUUGCUGCAGCAAAUCGUUCUGGAACCCGCGCCGAAACUCCCCAAGAGUGAUGCCUUCCCGCUGAUCCUGGAGGAUGUCAUCGCCAAGUGUCUGAUGAAGAAUCCGGAAGAGCGACCAACGCCUCAGGAACUCUACGAUGUUGAUCCCUUCCUACAAGCCGCCAAGCGAACGCCUGUCGAUCUUGAACAAUGGGCCGUGAGCAUGAUGGAGCGGCAGCACCGAAAAUCCCACCUCGCUCCUCAACUCUCACCAGCCACAAGAGCACUUCUCCGAGGCGCGGAGACACCUGCAUCUCAAACAUCACAAUCGUCUACACCGUUCGACGGAACCACACCCGUCUCCGGCGAAAUUCCCAUCUCGUCUGCUCCGUUCAACCACUCUGCGGCGACAAGACCUUCAUUCCCGACCCGCACGAGUUAUGCACAGGGGCAGAACAUUAACCUGCCUUUCAGGCAGCCUCCGCCAUCCUCCGCUGCUCCUCCCGUGACUGCGCGGCCAGAGACAGCGAGGAGCGAGCGAGCCGAGUCCUACCGGCGUCCAGUACAGAAGCCGGGUUAUGCAGGGUAUGUGCAGUGA